AUGCAAGUUAUCGCACUCGUUUCUUACCUCGCUGUUGCAACCGCUGCGACGGAUGUAAUCACCGCGAGGGUUUAUAAUCAGAAGAACCUCAAGGGAUCGCAUGAAGACGUUCACGGCUACGGAUGCGGCAACGUCGGCUCUAGCAAGUUCAAGGUCAACAGCAUCCACCUUCGACGUAGCACGUUCUGCUACUUAUAUGAGAAGAAGAACUGCAAAGGCUCUAGCAUUUACGUAUCGAGGGAUGUUAACGAUCUGCACUUGGACACCGUGGACUCGGUCCAUUGUGUCAAUAAUCCAGACAAGUCAUAG